GGGCGCCGGCGGCCGCGACGGAGGCAGCAGCGAGCAGGCUCGGCGCGUGAGUCCGCGGCGGCUCGGGGUCCGCCCGCGGGCUGCGGUGCGAGCGGGCGGCCGGGCUCCCCUCCUCCCCGCCCGCCGCGCCGCCGCUGUGAUUGGGUGGAAGAUGGCGCUGGGCGGAUGGAAAUCCUAAUGACAGUCUCCAAAUUCGCCUCCAUCUGUACCAUGGGCGCCAAUGCCUCGGCAUUAGAGAAAGAGAUUGGUCCAGAACAGUUUCCAGUCAAUGAGCACUAUUUUGGAUUAGUCAAUUUUGGGAAUACGUGCUACUGCAAUUCAGUUCUUCAAGCACUUUAUUUUUGUCGUCCAUUUCGGGAAAAAGUUCUAGCAUACAAGAGUCAACCUAGGAAGAAGGAGAACCUUCUUACAUGCUUAGCAGAUCUCUUCCAUAGCAUAGCCACUCAGAAGAAAAAAGUUGGAGUAAUACCUCCCAAGAAGUUCAUAACAAGAUUACGGAAAGAAAAUGAACUUUUUGACAACUACAUGCAACAAGAUGCCCAUGAAUUCUUAAAUUAUCUACUAAAUACAAUUGCUGAUAUUUUACAAGAAGAGAGAAAACAGGAAAAACAAAACGGCCGUUUACCUAAUGGUAAUAUUGACAGUGAAAAUAAUAACAGCACACCAGACCCAACAUGGGUUCAUGAGAUUUUUCAGGGAACAUUGACUAAUGAAACCAGAUGUCUUACUUGUGAAACUAUAAGCAGCAAAGAUGAAGAUUUUUUAGAUCUUUCUGUUGAUGUGGAACAAAACACAUCAAUUACUCACUGUUUAAGGGGUUUUAGCAACACAGAAACUCUAUGCAGUGAAUAUAAAUAUUACUGUGAAGAAUGUCGCAGCAAACAGGAAGCACACAAACGGAUGAAAGUUAAAAAACUGCCCAUGAUUCUAGCUCUACAUCUGAAGAGAUUUAAAUAUAUGGAUCAACUUCAUCGAUAUACAAAACUUUCUUACCGAGUAGUUUUUCCUUUAGAACUUCGUUUAUUUAACACUUCAGGCGAUGCAACCAAUCCUGACCGAAUGUACGACCUUGUUGCCGUAGUGGUUCACUGUGGAAGUGGUCCCAAUCGAGGACAUUAUAUUGCAAUAGUUAAGAGUCAUGACUUUUGGUUGUUGUUUGAUGAUGACAUUGUAGAAAAAAUAGAUGCACAAGCUAUUGAAGAGUUCUACGGGUUGACAUCAGAUAUCUCAAAGAAUUCUGAGUCUGGUUACAUCCUUUUCUAUCAGUCUCGGGACUGAGGGAGAACCGUGAUGAAGAGAUACUUUCUGCCUCAUUUCUUCUCUGGUUAUUUUGGAAAGGAUCAAGCACUGAUUUUUCAAGAAAAGAGAAAUGCAGGAAGCUCAGGGGGCAGUAGCACACUUUGCACACAAUAAAGCAAAGACUAUGAUUAACAAGCUCUUCCUAUCAUGGUAGUUGAUUUAUUUGCUCAGGUAUCAUGCUGUCUGUGCAGUUCCGUACAAGGAAGUGAAAUCAGAGAUACCAGCUCCUCUUGUAAAACAGCCUUCCAGUAAUCAACAUGCAUUUUCUCUUUAUUAAUUGCACCAAUAAUCAUUUGAACUCCUUGGGGGGUGCAGUAGAAAGAAUAAGGAAUCUGUGCUAUGUUGUAUUGAUAACUUAAGAAGAUAAUAUUAAACACACUGCGUAAAUUUGUCUGUGUUGAAUAUUAUAGCAAGAAUAUCAAUGAUCUUUUCAGGCAUGAACCAGAAAUACUUUUGGGCCCAACACUUGCAGUUGCCUUCCUGGUGUUAAAAACAAAAAGCAAACAAACAAAAACACCUAACUAACAGAUACUAGAAUCCAGUGUCGGGAAGACAAAUAUGUUUUGCUUCUCUGAAGAAGCUUAUAAUAAUAUACAAUAUAUGUAUAUGUAGGGAACAAUUGGUCAAAAGUGGCUUUUUGUUUCCCCAAGGGGAAAGACUGGCUUUGUAAUUAUAAUUUUUUUCCUUAUUUAUUUUACUUAAAACUGGUAGAGUUUAAGUAUUGUAUGAAGUGCCCAUGAUUCUGUCCGGAAAUUUAAGGAUAUUUUUAUUAGUUUUUGUCAGUUUAACUAGUCCUUUUGUUUGUUUCUGUUUUUACGUUGAAUUUAAACUAUUUUAAAUCAGUAAAAAACCUUAAAAAAUUGCAAUGAGAGGAGGAAAUUUUUUUUUCAGGAGGAACUGAUAUCUCUGGCUAAAUAUUUGUCCUUUUUUUAUAGUCUUAAGUCAGUUAUUUUAUUAAAGUUUAAUUUCAGUAAAAUAAAUUAUCAAAAAUUCUCUGUAGUUGUUGGAAUGAUAAAAACAGUUCUGGUGUAGAGGUGAUGUACCAAUCUUUAGAAUUUCUAAAUACGAUUUCAAGUUGAGACCAUGUUUGUUAGGGAAAUUAUAGCCGUUAUGUUAUUUUCAUAUUUCAUUCUUUACCUUGGAAAGAUGUGAUCCAUUCAGUAUAACCCCAGCAGCCUGGAUAGCUGGCUAAAAAACCCAUUGAAGAUUAAAUUUAAUGAAUUAGAUCAGGAAUACAGAACAUAAUUCCCUUUCCUCCCCUUCUACCUUUACAAAUCUUAUUGGAAGAGUGUUCAGAAGUUAAACUCUGUGUUUGUUAAGACUUCAUUCUGUUGGGAGUUUUAAGAAUAUAUGUAAUAUAUGUAAACCAUUGCAGUUGACACUUAUCCAUGCAACAGUAAGUUGUCUGACAGUGGCCGAAUGUAACUUGCAGAAAAUAAUUGAAUAUAAGUUCAGAAUAAUAGCAAUCAGACCUUGGAUUCUUUAUGGAAAAUCUUUUCAGGCAGUAAUCUUUAUUUUUAAUUGCUGUAAUUUUCUAAACUUAGUAUUGUUGAAUAUGAAAAACAAACAACUGAAAGAAUGUUUUUGUCUGCUGCUAUUAUUAACAUUUAUUAUCUGUAUCUUUUAGCUCAGGAAAUGACUUCACCUAUUCGUCUGAACAGAUCUUUAACAGGGUCACUUAGCUAAUUGGGCUGUUUAAACAGAUGUGCUGGGAGGAAAUUAUGAUGUAUUUUGACAAAUUGCUUUUUAAGAUAUAGUUUCUAAAGCCUUACCCUGACUGGAAUUGUUUUGUACAAAUUAUAUAGCCUGCCAGCGUUGCACAGAGAAUCACAACCAAGAAUGUGGAGAAGGUCACAGCAGUGGAAGUGGAUAUACUUUUUAUUAUGAGGGCUUAAACCAAAUUGUCUUGGAAUUUAAAGCUAUAUUUCUGCAGCUUUCAGUACAAAGAAGAGAAGUAAAAUGAAGCUGAAUCAGUUUUUACACAAGUUAGGCCACAAUAUGUAUAAGAAAGGUAGAUGAAGUCAUUUGCAUAAAGGUACAGCAUUAGAAAUACUAUGUUGUGAUUUUACAUUUUGCAUUUUAAAAAAUACAGUAAAGGCCAAGGUUGAAUUUCAUGUUAAAGCAAGUUAUAGCAUUCUUUUGAGUUAAUGGUAGUCACACACUGUUCAUAUCUACACCAUGUUUUAUAGUAUGAUUGUCAAGGGAGGGACUGUGGGGUGAUGGUUCUCAGUUUACUUUUUUACUCUUAGUGCAGUGGCAUCUAAGUAAAAUGUUUCAAAGAGUAUCAGAAACUCAGUAUACUUUAAAAACAUAGGGGCUAGGAUUGUGGGGGGAAAUGCAGAUAAAGGAAGAAAGAAGAGUGACCCAUAUAGAAAGCAGUGUGAGGUUGUCUAUUGGUGGAAUGUGAGUUGAAAUGAGGGGCGGGCUUAAGUUGUAAAUGGUGACUGAUUGUGCUCUAACUGUAUUAAGAUUGCUAUCCCAUGUUUUGUCUGUUGGAAUACAAAUUUCUAUAAAUGAUCAUAACUGAAAGUAAAUAUUCUAAGUUAAAUUUCACUUUGAAGUCAUAUAGUUUCUGUCUUGGAAACUUCACCUAUAGAAGAUUACAUAAGACAGAGGCCAUGGGCUUCAGGAAAAGGGAAAAAAGCAAAUGUGUAAUAUAUGGGUCCUAUUGCCUCUAUCCAUCAGCAUAGGGUUUUUUUUUCUUUCCUCGAUGGCAGUAGAAAGACCUCAUUUUCAUAACAUACUACUCUUGACACUUUCUUUAAAGAUACUUUUCAUUAAAAGAUUCUCUCGAGGUAUUUAACUGAGAGCUGGGAGGCUAAGGCGCUCAGGUCCUGGCUCUUCGGUGAAUUUAACUGUGUGACCUUGGGCAAGUCACUUAACCUCUCUGUGCUUCAGUCUCCCUAUCUUGUAAAAUGGGAGUAAUACCUACCUCACAGGGUUGUUGUGGGGAUUAAUUAGAUAUAAUGUCUGUAAAGCAUCUAAGGUUCUUGAAGAAGGCGCUAUAUAAAUACAAAAUAAUAUCUAUUAAAGUUGGUUUAUUUGUGUUUGUGUGUUUUUAAAG